AUGGAGUGGGUAAGGGAUGAGACAGCUAGAUGGAACGUCGUUCAAGCGAAAAAACUAUUGAAGAGCGACAAACGCAUUUGCGGUAAGCGCACGUUCACGUUUCAGUCUUUUACAGAGCAGCUAUCAGCCAUCAGGAUCGCUCCCUACACUGAUUAUGGUUUCCGUAAAAGUGCGCAGAGUGAUACUUAUGAGACGCAUCUACGUGUUGCGUUGGCUCACUGGCAAGAGCUGUCUUGUACGAAGGCGUUCAGUGCGUUCUCAGCAAAAGCUGUGCCACACUGUUAUACGCUGGCGCAGGUUAUUCUAAAUGAGUCGGAAAUCAUGGAGGCUCUCUACGAUAAUAUAAUGUUAGGAGAAGGCCACUCUCUCGAGGCGUUACUGCACUGCCUCGUCGCGUUGGCACAAGACAUUGGUGCUGGCUUUGCUGCACACUUGAAUAGGGCAAUCCGAAGUAUACUUUCUUGUCUAGAUAGUAUUUCAGAAUUGGAGUCAAAACAUGUGGAAACAUCGUUUCGAUGCAUUGCGACACUUUGUGUCAUUUUGCGACGUUCGCACAAAGUCUCAGUGGUGCAGAUACUUGGUUUCACACGGUGCGUUCGACUUCACCAGAAACAGCUUUUCCGCAAACUUGCAGCACAAGCAGUUGCUCCGAUCCUACGUAGUUCAAAUCGAAAGGACAUUUUGGCGGCGAUGAAGGCCGUCCUAUUAGAAUGUUCGACGGGGAUGCAGGCCAUCGUCAAAACGCCACAUGUCAUUGAGGCAGCGACAAUACUCAUUUACUAUGCGAUGGUCAGUGGUGGAAACCAACUUCAUUCAAAGUCUGAUAUCGUGUUACGCGCACUCGUCGAUCCUGCAUUCGCCCCAAUCAUUGAACUAAGUACUCGUUACGUGCUGUUUGAUAGUGUCGUUGUGUCACUUGCUGCAACUUUGCCGAAGUAUGCGCUCAAGGGAACGUGGGCCUCACUCUUCUCAAUUGUGUGUUUAGAUUCAAAUUUUGAUAGUGAAGCAACGUGUGGUCGUGCGCAAUACGUUGCCCAGGUAGCUACAACUAUACUUUCGUCCAGAUUUGAGCUGUGUGAAGGUAUCAAUGAGGGUCUGUCUAAUUUCAUCGCCGUCUAUGUCUCAGCGUGCAACAAAGACUCCGCAAUAAAGAAUCAGACAACGUGUGCGAUGCAACUUGCACGACUCUUGGCUGCAGUAUCUUCGCGUGAUGAGUCUGAAGUGACUUUAGUCCUAAGAUCUUUUUCCUGGUCUCGCUUGCUGCUAUUCAUGGAUGGUGACUCUCUACUUUACAUGCUGAGGGCACUGGUGCAGAAUUUGGAUCUGAAUUGCUCCGCCGCUCGCAUUAUGGCGGAGACUUUAAUCGGAGAUACAAACGCGGCACAAGUGGUGUUAUUUAGUGGGUUCGAUCAUUCUUUGACUUUCGGUAGAAUACUUUCGAAGCUAAAUACGAAUCGGUUGAUGACCCUUCGAGGGCACAAGGAGUUAGUUUCAGAGCAUGUUGUGCGUGAGCUUAAACGUAGACAAUUAGAUGGAGACGUUAGCGAUAUAUGGACAAUUGUGCGAAUUCUACCUUAUUUUGUCGCUCCAACUUUCAUUCGGACUUUUGUGAGCGAUACCGUCGUCCAUUUGAAGUCAUCCGUCGGCACCAACUCUGAGCGAGAGCUCUCUGUGCGCGAUUUAGUACUACUAAUGGCAGCAAUGGACUCAGAAGCUCUUUGCCAAGAACUGGAGGCGUCUUCAAAUGUUGACUAUACUUUGGCUUUACUUGAAGUCGUACUCGCAGGAUCAGUGUCAUCACCAGCGAUUUGGUCACGAUUGACGUCAUUGCUUUCAAGUCUCAAAGCUGAUAUUUUCUGUUUCCAGGGAAGAUUGUUACCCGAUCAUAUACUUAAACUGUUAAGCUCUUCCAGUAGAUCACUUCGCGCCAGCGUCCUCCAAUACAUGGCGCUUCUGUCUACCUCGGUAGGUGAAUCAACUGGAAUUAUGACGGUUCCAGAUGUGAUCUUUACCUUCAGCUACAUCAAUCAGCUCUCACUCAGCAACUGCAACAUGCUUGAAUAUUCUAGGAAGAGUGUGAAUCUUCUUCAUUCAGUGGCUCGAAGAAUUAAAAAUAGUGACGGCACGCCGCUUGAAUGCAUAAUGAUUUUACACAUGACUCUGGGUGCUUUACAUAUUAGAUUCAGCCCAAUAUGGGAGCCUUUGAAGGACUUGCUAAGUGCGCUCAUAGAUGGCGACGUCGGAGCACUCGAAACUCUCCAAGCGGAGAUCCUUCUUACAAAGCGCAGAUUGUUUGAUGGCGGCGGAGAAGGUGCAUUUGCACAGAGCAUCACGUCAGCUGGUGUUCGUCGUGAGGUGCACGACGUUCUCUAUCCGUCUGAGCAGAUAGCUGAUGACAAUCAGCGGUUACAGAUCAUGCUGUCGUCUUUGAAGCGCUGUGAACUCGUCGAGUUCAACUUCAUUGUGCGAAUCUUCAUGGAUGUGACUUUGUCGUCACAGCGUGCCAUGACUAGGUCCGUAGGCUCGCAGUACAUUGGAGUACUUACUUCACUAUUAGAGAUAAUACACGUACGCGUUGCAAGCACUCUUCAACAAACUACUGAUCCAGUGGACAUGCGUACAGAUAUUUCCCAAGCGCUUAAAUUCUUGGCUGGAGAUGAACAUACAGAGUUGGCACAGGCAGCCAUAAAAUGUAUGGGGCAGUUGAAGAUAGAUUAUUUACCAGACUUGAGAUUAUCACAGCUGUGCUCUUUGGCAGACCCAAGUUCUGUCAAAGUUGCACUAGCUACAAUUCGAUUUGAAGGAGAUGGCUCGACAGCUUUGGACCAAUUUCCUAGCAUUCACAGGAAACACAGAGAGCAAGUCGUUGAUAUUAUAGUAAGAGUACUCUCAAAGUACGUCCAUUCCAAGAAAAGAACACUCAACGCGUUUAGAUAUUUGAUACUGCGCUGGUUUGGCACUCUGAAAUCUUCUGAACUCGGCCCCUUCCUGGACUAUCUGUUGCUUCCCUUCUCAAAAGUGGGCUUUCAUUUUUGCGUCAAAAUGAAUGAGGGAGAUCUCAUGGAGAAAUAUGAUGAGAUUAGCUUUCUGAUGUCGAAAGUGUCGUGUGUUGAGUUACUCACUAUCUCUUCGAGAGUCCAAGAAUCUCAAAUGAAGAUACCAGCCCAUGUCAAUGAUAUGGCGCACUUAUUUAUUACUCUGAUGUUUCACAUGUUCAUUCAUUCAUGUGAGUAUGCGGAUGCUCUCACCGAAGAAGAUCGUGGUCGUUUGAAAAUGCUGAGGUCAAAAUCGUUCAGUCUACUUGCAAACAUACUACCUGCUUCUUCAUCGGAACUCGUGCGAUAUUAUUGGCACAAGGCCAGCAAACAUAUUCUGCGUAUUUCUGAGGGCCUCACGAACGAGUGCGCUACCUCGCACCUACCUGCAGUUUUGGUGUUUGCUUCUUCAGUAUUUCAAAGCGAACACUUGGUUCAAGUACUCGAAGAAGAGAACGGCUAUAUGCUUGUCAAAAAUAUUCUGAGAGUGCUGGAAUGUAAAACAGUGAUGCAUCAGAACAAACAAAUUAUUCUGACGAUUAUUUCUGGGCUUCUUGAUCGUGUGGAAGGAAAAAUGUUCUCAGAAAGACAAUGUAGUCAUGUCGAGGUUUUACGUGAACAGAUUGUCGAUAGUGUCCGCGCUUCACUCAUGAGUAAGCUCGAGAAAGCGCAUGGCAACUCAUUGAAAAGAGUUGAUGCAGACCCCUCAGAAUUGCAACUACUCGACCGAUUGGCUAAAUUUCACGCUAUUCCAUGGGAUAUCCACAAGAUUGAAGAUAUCGUCGAGUUAAUGUGUCUGAGAAAAGGAAACGAUGUCACCCGUGCUCUGUAUCUCUCAACGCUCUGUUCUUCGCUUUCUCAUGUCACGAUUAAUACGGAUUUCGGUCUUCAGAGCAUCUUAAGGCUAUCUCCUUUCCUAGCAACCUUGAAAUCGAGGCUCAUGCGGAAAGCAUUGCUUGAUGUGUUUGACUUUCUCUGUCCAAAAGAAGAUGAGGCAGUGUCCCAAAUUUUGCACGCAUUGAACUCAUUUGCGGAUGGUAAUAUCGAAGAAAUUGACUACAAACGAAGAUUGAAAGCUUAUGGCGAUCUCAUGGAACGCUCAUCAACAGAAGGGGAAGUUAUACGCUUAUGGGUUCACAGUGCGUUUCACGACCUACAUUCUAGCGAUAUGACUAUUCAGAACUCCGCGAAAUCGUUAAUAUGUCAAUAUUUGGCCGAUAGAUCUCCAAAGAGCUUGAACUACUCGGGGAAUCCACGGCAAGGUGUGAAUUUUGUGUCAGAGAUAAUACUAUCCGGAGUCGUUCGGUCGCUAGCAAGUUCGAAUCUCUAUGUUCGCAGUCAUGGAAUCGAAAUUUUAAGGCAGGCUGUCUUGAACGAUCAUGUGCCUGAACUUCGUUUAUUUUGUGCCGAGGAUGCAGAUGCUGACGUAUUUAUGUGUCUGUUGCAUAUUCAAGCACGCCGAAGAGCAUCAGCAAUCCGUCGACUCAACAGGGCUGAUGUCUUCCGCUCAGUCUCUGCGGAAACUUACAUAAGAUACAUACUGCCCAUUAUUACAUUAUUUUUAGAAGAUCAAAGCGCGAACGUGGCAGCGACGGCAGUAGAUUCAUUGCAUCAUAUGAAUGCGGUGCUUGAAUCAUCUGAUUACGUGGCAUCAGUGUGCCAGCUAUUACGACGAGCACAUCGUGCGAGUACUUCCCAAACUUAUUAUCUUCGAGGCGCUUUGCGUAUGCUCGAGAAUUACAAGCUUUGUUCAAGUAUUUGCAGUGAUUCGAGUGGAACUGAUGUGUCCGAAACCAAACUUACUGCGACGGCAAACUUACAGACCCUUUACAAUGUCGCUCUACCGAUAGCGGAAUCUUGCAUUUUAUCACAACGAGAGUUACAAAUGAGUAAUUCAAGCUACUCGAAAUGUUUGCAAGUGAAUGCUGUAUCGUGUUCAAGCAUCAUACUGUCAUUGCUCGAUGAGGAAGAGCGAACGGAAGGUCUCAUUCGAGUAUUGAAGAUCGUGAGCGAGAACAUGAACAGUCGUGCACAGAAACUGAGAGACAAUGCCAUGACAGCACUCAAGUCUAUUGCAACUGAACUAGGCGACAAACAUCUAUUGUUGAUAAUGCAUAUUUUGAGAAGUGGCCGAACUUCGGGGUUCCAUCUUCACGUGUUUGUCAAGGCGAUUUACGUUGCUGUGAGCAGCUGCUCAUACACGUCUACAGAUACAGCUAUGGCGCUCAUUGCAGAUAUGAUACCAUGCUUUCGGUCUAUCUUUUUCAAUGACUCAAAGCAGUACUUGGAAACGAUUCGUAUGGUUAAUGAAGCAAAGCCAAUUUACGCGCUUAAAACAGUCACCAUCCUUACAGCAACUCUAACAGAGCAAGAUUUUUUCAUUAAGCUUAUGGGAAAUUUUGUGAAAAUGUUACCGUAUCAUGUCACUGCGAAGAAUCUUAAGCAAUUCGAGCUAAUUUUGCGCGCAUUUCAUGAAGGAAUGCUGACGAAUCCGUUCGUAAAGCUGGAGCAACACAUCAACUUGGCCAGGUCAAUCAUCGAGGAGUACGCGUUGUCAGCGUCACAAGAAAACACCAGAAUGGCAGACGUUACGAAAUUGGAUCAGACGCAACAUCUACACAUCGAAUACUGUGGCAUGAUUCAGCAAUUUGCAAUCAAGCUCAUGCAGGAUACAUUCAAAAGCGCGCGCUCAAAGCGGAGUCUAUCCGGAUUUGAUAUUCCAAUGUUAACAGGUAUAUUUGGAGUAGUGAUGCGAUGUUUAAUAGGACAUUCGCACGAGGUAAGAGUCGGUGCGGCGCGCGUGAUACAGCAACUUUUGAGCCAUGCGCCACACUCAAUUGAUGCACAAGGUUACUUAACAUUGACAAAAGUACUGAUUUGCACGAUCAAUUCAUGUGACUCUGUGGGUGACGAUCUCGCACAGAACUGCCUGCGCAUCGUUGCUUUCGUGAUAAAACGUCAAGAACGUUCAGUCCUCACUUCAUCGCAGAUGUCAGUUGUACUAUCCUUUGCGUUCAAAGAUCUAUAUGGCGAUGCUCCAUGCAUGAAACCAUCAUUUCUCUUACUGAACGCAAUCUUAUCUCAAAGAAUCGUUCAUGCCGAUAUCUAUGUUCUGAUCGAUAAAAUCAUACCUAUACUUGCGUGCGGUCAAUCUGCUGAACUCCGUGACAUGUGUUCUCGUACAGUUGUUCGCUUUAUUUCAGCAUACCCACUGGGCGAACGAAAAAUUGAUCAAAUAUUCCAGUCGUUGAUAGCAUUGCUGGAGUAUUCUAGUCCUGAAGGGCGAGUCUCUGUCCUGAAUACAAUUCAUGCACUUUUACAGAGACUGACUGAGACCACUAUUUGUUCACAUGGCGCAAUCUUCUACUUGCCACUUGUACUUCGCAUUGCGACAGAUACUAACUCGGACUGCAGCUUAGCUGCAAGCAGGGCUGUUGACUGUCUUUUCACUCGCACACAUGGCAGCGAAGCUGUAAAGUUUCUUGAAUGCGCAAAACGAUGGUCGAAGAGAUCCGAUGGACUUGAACAAGCGGCUUAUAAAGUAUUGCUUGUUGGUUUCCUCAGACAGCCUUCUACAACAUAUGAGAUUUUCUCCAGAAUCGAAAGCGAUAUGGCCCAAGUGCUCCGCAGCUGUUUAAGCAAAGCAUCAAUCGAAAACUGGUCAGCAUGUUAUUGUUUAAUGAGUUGUUUUGAGAAGUUCAUCGAGCAUCGCGAGCGUAAGAAAUUAUACAAUCCUGCUUAUGAGAGUGAUUCUACGCUUCUUGCUGCUCUGCCAAACGCCAUGUUACACUCACACGCAUGGGUGAAAUCAGCCGCCAUUCGUCUGCUUAAAACAUAUUUCCAUUUUGAAGCCCAAGGCGGCUCCAUUGAGCUACGUCGCUCGGACGACGUUGUUUCUCUUGUGAAUGCAUUGGUCGCAAAUAUUCAACUCCAGUCGCAGCUUCAGAAUGUUGAGUCAACGGUUGUUCAAGACAUCUUUGUCUGUCUGACGCACGCGUUGACCGUGCACGCUAGAGGAAUUGAUGCCGAGCAAAGCGUUCGGAUUUUUACGAAACUUCGAAAGGCCGCUCUAGCCUCCAAUUCAGAUCUAUGCUGUCUUAUGCUUCGAUGGAUGGCAGCAUUGGUAAGCUCAGAAAAGUCUUGCAAAGCACCAAGUGAUACGUUAUUGUUCCACACAAUUCUUCUCUGUCAGACGUGCAUGGAGGGACGGAGCGUAACGUCUUCUUCCGACAUCAGCAGUCUAACUGAACCACUCGCUAAGCAGAUAUUCACGAGUAUCCAGCAAGCACUCCCACCUGAUGUUUUCACGGACUUAUUUCAGCGUGUCAAACAACACUCAUACUGA